AUGAUGGGAAUACCAUUUUUGUCGAGUUAUAUUUAUAGAGCCAUAAAGCCACAGACUGUGGCGGACUCUGUUGAUUGUUUAAACUAUUAUUAUACUUCAUGUUUUCUGGCACUUGCUGCCUUUGCGAUUUCAGCCAAGCAAUAUUUCGGCUCUCCUAUACAAUGCUGGGUGCCCAUGGAAUUCAGAGGUGGUUGGGAGAAGUACACAGAGGAUUACUGUUUCAUUCAAAAUUCUUAUUAUGUACCAUUCGAAGAACAAAUACCUGACGAUGUGCACGCAAGGGCAGACCAAAUCAGCUAUUACAGGUGGGUACCAGUCGUUCUUGUGAUUCAGGCACUCUUCUUCAUCGCUCCAAAUUACUUCUGGAGUUUCAUGUAUACGCAAACUGCAGUUCGACCAAUGGCUAUUUUAAAGGAAGCAAAAAAAUGCGUCAAAAUGCGAGGCAAUCAACGUGAAAGUGAAGUUCACAAUCUUGCUGAAUAUAUAGCUGAAACCGUUUUUGAAAUAAAGAAGAAAUUCCGGAAAAAGGAAUUGACUCGUUUCGGACGAAAUGCAACGAUUCUUUAUCUUUCCACUAAAAUGUUUUACGUGCUGAACAUUAUUGGUCAACUAUAUAUGAUGAACCACUUUCUCGGAGGCGAUUAUUUUAAAUGGGGAUACCAGACCAUAAAAGACGUAGCGCACGGUAUGAAGUGGUCGGAAUCACCAGUAUUUCCCCGUGUGAUUAUGUGCGAUUUUAAAGUGCGUCGACUUGGAAAUUUACAAAAUUACACGGUGCAGUGUGUCAUUAUGGUGAAUAUGAUUAACGAAAAAUUAUACCUCUUCUUAUGGUUUUGGCUCAUUUUCGUCGGAAUUUGCACUAUUAUUAAUUUUCUUUAUUAUCUUUUCCUUAUGAUUAUACCUCAAGCGAGAGCGAAAAUCGUGUUGUGGCAAAUCAAUAAGCAUGAAAUAAAAGCGGUUGGAUUUGCGAGUGAUACUUUGAAUCGCUUCAUUCAUGGAUUUCUUCGUUCGGAUGGUUUAUUGCUGCUAAAAUUUAUCGGAGAACACGUUGGAAACAGAAUUUCUCGAGAACUUAUUUAUGAACUUGCUAAAAUAUAUAUGGAGCAAAAUGCCCUACAAGACAAUGAAAGCGAUACCAAGCUGAAUACGAGCUAUUCGCCCGAUGGUAAACCACUUUUGACUGGUACGAAACCAGAUAGGACAUAUUUUGGCAAUUAUGGGAAAGAUAUUCAGCCUGGGUUAUAUCAUAGAGGGUUGAUGCCUGUUCCUUCAACAACACCCAGAAGAUACGAAAUGUCUCCCGUACUUGAGGAAUAUAUUGAUGCUGGUGCUACGCUUCCAGCACGUAGAGCUCCUCAAGCCAAAGUUGCUGCUCAACAGCCACCAGCAUCUGGCGAUGGUACUAAUAUAGCUGCUGUACGUCAGAACACACCAACUGAAGUUUGA